AUGUCUAUUUACUUCACUGACUCUGGUCUUGAAAAGAUAUAUUAUGAGAUCAUUGGUUUUGUAUAUCAAUACCUAAAGUUACUGCAACAAAAGUCUCCCCAAGAAUGGAUCUAUAAAGAACUUCAAGACAUUGCAAAUAUGGAUUUUACAUUUGCUGAAGAACAACCCCAAGAUGAAUAUAUAUGCUGCAGAGCUUUCAGAAAAUUUGCUUAUCUAUCCACCGGAGCACAUUAUAUAUAUGGGGAUUAUGCAUACAAAUCCUUCAAUAAGUCACAAGAUGUCCAAAGUGAACCAUGGUUUGGAUCACAGUAUAAAGAGGAAAGUAUUCCUCCAGAAAUAGAUGUUGCAUUACAUCUACCUGCAAAGAACGAAUUCAUUCCAAUUCCAAAAGACUUUUCCAUUUGUGCAAACGGGGUAAUGUGUGAUUCCGCCGAUGUAUCUCCUCCGGAAUGCAUAAUUGAUGAAGUUCUGGUACAAGCUCGAUACGUCAUUCCGAUUCCCACGUGCUAAUACUUAAUUAUUUCCGUGUUACAAAUUGAAUGACAUUGUAUAUCAGGCAACUUGGAAACUUCUAUAUCACUUGUUAGUGACAAAUUAGAGCUAAAGGUCUAUGGCUUUAAUGACAAUCUUCCAGUUCUUCUUUCCAAAGUCUUGGAAACUGCCAAAACGUUUUUGCCCACUGAUGAUCGCUUUGUGGGUUUUAUUCCCCUUUCUGAACGAGGGUAUUUGGUUCCUGAUCUUUUACGAAGAUCGGAGCGGCCGGUUCUUGUAUAAGAUUUUCGACGUGUUGAGUUUGAGUCUUCAUUGCUGAAGACUUGUAUUGUGAAAAACACCAUGAUAAAAAUGACUAUUUAUAGAGGCUGGCGAAAUUAAAGGGGAAGAGUUUGCUUGAUCAACUAUGCGAAAACGAUUCUUUGGAAACACUAAUGUAUAUGUAAGUAAUGGUUUUUAAAAAAUCUAAUAUUUUUUUAAAUUGUAUUUAUUUUUCUCUAUUUGUUUUCUCAGAAUGCGGGCAUCCACACUAGAGUUAAUGAUUAACUUGCAUUAUCAAACUGUUGAAAACGCUUUAAACAUACUCUAAAUGAUGUUAAUUUUUUUAGGAAAACUAGGAAGUAUGUUUUUUAAGUGUGUGUGUGUGUGUGUUUAAAUGUAUAUAUUUUUAUGUUUUUUUUAGCCGUGAAAACCUUAAAGAGGAGAAGCCCAUGGAGUGCCGGUUAUUAGACCAGAUGUAAGUAUUAAUAUUAUUACGCUAAGAUUUGAGAAGCGUUUUAAUGUAAUUUCGUGUUUUAAAUUGCAUUUCAGGUAAUUCAAUUUGCUGAGAAUGAGGGUUUUGAUUUGAAGCCAGAAAGAGGAAAUGAUGGGAUUUUAAUUCUCACCAUGAACGAAAAGGUUCAGAAGUAUGAAGCCAUUAAAGCUCAAAAUUGAUGGUGAUUAUGGUGAACAUUAGGCUUAAACCAUUAAUGCUGAGAGC